GGGGCCACUCACCGCAAGAGAGGCUGGGUAUGGACACUCAAUGAUCCUCGUCACUUCCGAUGAUAGUGCUGUGCCAAUGUCCAUUAUGACUGCUCGGUCGGUUGAGGCAAGGUAUUCGUAUUCGGAGUGGUGCCGGACUAUCUUCGUGGAGUGAGUUCGACCAUGCGCCGAAGUGUUUGCGUUACCGCUGCCCUGACAACCGAUGAGGCGCCGGGAUUACCGGUACUACGCUUCCGCAUUGGAGUGCACACCACCGACCACGAACUCACCGCACGUCUGACAGACUCUUGUUGCACCCUUACACUUGAUUUACGUCAGCCUAUACCGACGGUGCAUUCGGGACGCGCAAUAUGGCCGUUCUCUGGGAAGCAUUGCGGGGGUUGUACAGUCCCUGGCUCCCUUUGCUACCUAAUUGGCGGCUUUUUAUUGCACGCUUCAUUGCUUUUUUGGAAGCGGCUCCAUGGUCUCCUCCACGCUCUACACUCCCUCAGCCAAUUCGAACGACACCGUUGUCAAGGCUCACUCCGCGCCUCGGGUUGCCGCUCACCGUCCCUGCGGCAAUUGUCCGAGUCUGGGCGUCUGUUCUCUUCCUUCACCGACUAACGAGAGCCUCUAGGUUGCUUUCAGCAGCGAGCGUGGGAUGAGAUGGCCCAACAUCCAUGCGGAGCUUGUCCCCCACCUGCACAUUGUCAGCCAGCAGUGCUGUGCUGCACAAACAAGGAG